AUUUUACAAAAAGAAGAAUCAAAUAAAAAUACAACACAAUUUUACUACGGAGGAUUUCUACAUUUUUAUCAAUUUAAUUGUAUUUAUUUAAAUUUUUGUCUUGUGUUUCGACCGUGUAACAUACAAAAAUACAACAUACAUACACUAUAGCAUGUCUCUUUCAAGUCUUUUACCCACGCCCACAAAUGCUGUGUGGGAUCGUGAGGAUGAAAGACGCGUGGCUGCCAAAGGUGCACCACAAAUUGGAGCAUUGGUAUCGGCCAAAAUAGCCGCACCGCCCUAUGGCCAGCGCAAAGAUUGGAUACCACGUACAGAAGCAGAUUUCGGAGAUGGCGGUGCUUUCCCGGAAAUUCAUGUUGCCCAAUACCCUCUGGGUAUGGGCGCUCCCGCCAAUUUGGGCAAGAAAUCAAAUGCAUUGGCUGUGCGUUUAGACGAGAAAGGGAAAAUUAAAUAUGAUGCCAUUGCCAGACAGGGACAUGGAAAAGACAAAAUUGUAUACUCGUCGAUUUCACAACUUCUCCCUGCUGAAGUUUUGUCUGAAGAUGCCGAGGAAUUGCAGAGACCUGACGAAGAAACAAUUGCCGAGACAACGGAGGCCACAAGAAAGGCGUUGGAAAAGUUAACUAAUCAAAAAAUUGCAGCUGCAAUGCCUGUGAGGCAUGCUGAAAAAUCGGCACCAGCACAGUACAUACGUUACACACCAUCCCAGCAAGGUGAUGCAUUCAAUUCGGGAGCGAAACAAAGAAUUAUUCGCAUGGUUGAGGCUCAAGUAGAUCCCAUGGAGCCACCUAAAUUUCGUAUCAAUAAAAAGAUACCACGAGGUCCUCCAUCACCACCAGCUCCAGUACUGCACUCACCCUCACGCAAAGUAACUGUAAAGGAACAGAAGGAAUGGAAAAUACCACCAUGCAUAUCGAAUUGGAAAAACGCAAAGGGUUAUACAAUACCACUGGACAAACGUUUGGCAGCCGAUGGUAGAGGUCUUCAGCAAGUGCACAUAAACGAAAAGUUUGCCAAGAUGUCGGAGGCUUUGUAUAUUGCCGAUCGCAAAGCUCGAGAAGCUGUGGAGGCCCGUGCACAGCUGGAAAAGAAAUUGGCUCAGAAGGAAAAGGAGAAGAAAGAGGACAUGUUGCGUAUGAUGGCCCAGCGUGCUCGUGAAGAACGUGCCGGUCUGCGAAAUCCCACAGAUGAUGCCGCUGGUUCGAGUGCAGAAGCAAAGGAACGCAAUGAAUUGCGUGCUGAACGCCAUCGUGAAAGACAAAGGGAUCGUAAUUUGGCAAGGGCUGCCCCAGACAAGCGUUCGAAGCUACAAAAGGAACGUGAACGUGAUAUAUCUGAACAAAUUGCCCUUGGUAUGCCAGCGAAGACCGCCAGCAAUGGCGAGGCUUUGUUUGACCAGCGUCUAUUUAAUACCACCAAGGGUAUGGACUCUGGUUAUGGAGAUGAUGAAGCUUAUAAUGUCUACGACAAGCCAUGGCGUGAUGCCAAUUCCAUGGGAUCACAUCUGUACAGACCGAGUAAACAAAUUGACAACGAUGCUUAUGGAGCCGAUUUGGAUCGCAUAGUCAAUACACAACGUUUUGUGCCCGACAAAGAAUUCUCCGGCACAUCACGUGGUGCUGCAGGUGCAGCUCCGGCUCGUAGUGGGCCAGUACAAUUUGAAAAAGAAGAAGAUCCUUUCGGUUUGGAUCAGUUCUUGAACAUGGCCAAAAAAGCUCCCAAAAGGGGAGAGGAUAAAAAUGAUCGUAGUUCGGGUAGUAGUUCCGACAAGAAACGUAGAAAAGAUUAAAAGUUCUUGGCACAUAUCUAGUCGUGAACUACUCGUUUUUCUUAGGAUUAUAUAAGAUGAUGAAUUGCAAGCAAAUCUAUUAGUUACAACCAAUUACAAUUUGAUGACAAUGUAUAUUAAAGUCGAUAUAUAUGCUAUAAUGUAUGGAGAUAAGAAACUGAAUAAAAUUUCAUAUACAAUUCAUUUCAAUGAAAA